CCGAGGGGCGGGGUGCAGACUGACCGGAAGUGGGCCCGGGAGGGCGCCGCGGGCCCCAGCUCGCCGGAGCCGGUGUAGGGAAGCGUGGGGAAGGCGGGACACGGGGCGGGGCCGCUGCAGGGGCGGGGUCUGCAGGCUGGCGGGUGGGGGGCGGGGACCCCCUCGUCCCCCCGGACCCCGCCUGCCCCGGCGCGGGUGGCGGCACCGCCAUGAAGCUGAAGCUGAAGAACGUGUUUCUCGCCUACUUCCUGGUGUCGAUCGCCGGCCUCCUCUACGCGCUGGUGCAGCUCGGUCAGCCAUGUGACUGCCUCCCUCCCCUGCGCGCAGCGGCUGAGCAGCUUCGGCAGAAGGAUCUGAGGAUUUCCCAGCUGCAAGCCGAUCUCCGCCGCCCACCCCCUGCCCCUGCCCAGCCCCCUGAACCUGAAGCCCUGCCUACUAUCUAUGUCGUUACCCCCACCUACGCCAGGCUGGUGCAGAAAGCCGAGCUGGUGCGGCUGUCCCAGACACUGAGCCUGGUGCCCCGGCUGCACUGGCUGCUGGUGGAGGAUGCCGAGGGCCCCACCCCACUGGUCUCCGGGCUGCUGGCUGGCUCGGGCCUCCUCUUCACACACCUGGCGGUCCUCACCCCCAAGGCCCAGCGGCUCAGGGAGGGCGAACCCGGGUGGGUUCGGCCCCGCGGGGUAGAGCAACGGAACAGGGCCCUGGACUGGCUCCGGAGUGGAGGGGGCGCUGUGGGGGGAGAGAAGGACCCCCCUCCAGCCGGCACGCGGGGAGUCGUGUACUUCGCAGAUGAUGACAACACCUACAGCCGGGAACUCUUCGAGGAGAUGCGCUGGACCCGUGGUGUCUCAGUGUGGCCUGUGGGGCUGGUGGGCGGCCUGCGAUUCGAGGGCCCUCGGGUACAGGAUGGCCGGGUCGUGGGCUUCCACACAGCGUGGGAGCCCAACAGGCCCUUCCCAGUGGAUAUGGCAGGAUUUGCUGUCGCCCUGCCCUUGCUGUUGGCUAAGCCCAGUGCCCAGUUUGAUGCCACCGCUCCCCGGGGCCACCUGGAGAGCAGUCUCCUGAGCCACCUCGUGGAUCCCAAGGACCUGGAGCCGCGGGCAGCCAAUUGCACUCGGGUUCUGGUGUGGCACACACGGACAGAGAAACCCAAGAUGAAGCAGGAAGAGCAGCUCCAGCGGCAGGGCCGAGGCUCAGACCCAGCUGUGGAGGCUGGGGACAAGCGGCCCUUGUGUUGAGUCGGGUCAGCCCUGUCUGGGGCGGAGCGGAAGGACAGACGCUCAGGAGGGAGGGCUGCUGAGCAACUGGGUAACUUAUUGGGGCUGGGCAUGCGUUGGGGGGCUGGAGGAGCUGGGCUGGACCCUCCCCACCUGAGCAUGCUGACCCCCCUCCUACCUCCAGAAUAAAAGAUCUCAAGCUGGAGGGGCCUCUGUUUUC